UUUUUUUUUUAUUUUCUUUUAUAUGGGCGUCAAACAAAAACCAGUACAUUCAGCACCAACCAACGUUAUGAGUCAAAACUCUGAUAGAGAUCGCGACAAGAAGAGACGUACAGUAGAGACUAAUGUUGGAAAGGAAUUCCAGACAAUUGACUUUAACUCUAUGGAUAUCUCUGUUCUUCGCAAAUAUGCCCGAAUUCACAAAAUCAAAACUAAAUCUAAAUUGAACAAAGAAGAGUUAGCAGCAGCUGUUUCUCGUCACUUUGCAAAUCAAACAGUAAAGGAAUUAGAUACAAUUACUUGCUUUUUAUAUACCGCACAUUACAAAGAUUCUGUAUUAAGACUUCCACUAAAUAUCUAAGAAUAAAAUAGAUGUGUUUUCUUAUCUCUUCUUUUUUGGGGGGAUGCUUAUGUAUAAAGAUAGCUAUCAAAAGGAGCAAUACGUAAAG